AUGCAAUCAAUCACUUCGUUAUUCAGUACUGAAUCCACAUCUGACAGCGCCACUACUCCAGGGUUCGACUUCAGUCAGCUUCUUUCACAAUUGACUCAACUCAACAACGUAUUGAGUGGCUUCAGUGGAGACGUCUCGUUUUGGUCUCAACUUCCAUGGCUCAACCUAAACUCACUCGGUGGUCAAAGCAGCGCAAGUGACGCUGGAUCUAUUAUCAGUCAAAUUCCUUCGAUCACUUCGAACGUGGUUAGCAGCGCCAGCUCUGUCAGCGAGAGUGUAGCCGACGCAACCAACGCAGCGAGUCCUAUUCUUUCUCAACUCCCUUCGAUUGUUAAUGGAAUUGCCGCUGCCAGCGGAAGUGCAUCUGAGAGUGCAUCCAGUUCUGGUGUCCUUUCUCAGGUUCCUUCGAUUUUUGGAGGAAUGACUAGUGGCAGUAGCAGCGCAUCUGAGAGUGCGUCUGGCUCUGGUGUUCUUUCCCAAGUUCCUUCUAUUCUUGGAGGAAUGACUGGUGGCAGUGGCAGCUCAUCUCAGAGUGCAUCUAGCUCUGGUGUUCUUUCCCAAGUUCCUUCCAUUCUUGGAGGAAUGACUGGUGGCAGUGGAAGCGCAUCUCAGAGUGCAUCCCAGAGUGCAUCUGGCUCUGGUAUUCUUUCCCAGAUUCCUGGACUCGGUGGGAAUGGAGGUCUUGUUCUGCCCCUGCCGGGAUUAGUCCAAAAUUAA